AGGAAAGGCACAAUUCAAAGUUUCAAAUUUAUUAACAAUGUCUUCCAAGGAGAUACUCGCCAUUAAAGAAAGCCUUUCUCAGCUUUUAGAGCACGAGACUAUAAAGGAAUUUGCUUCUAUUUGGGAUGCCAUCGGAAUAGAGGACCGGAUUCGACAGGAAAGGCGAGACAAGAUGUUCCAGUAUCAUUGUAACCUUCAAUUGGAGAUGCUGGAGGAAGAGAGAUCGCUCAAGAAGCGACUGGAGGACAGCAUCAAGAGCUGCUCCGAGGAACUAGUCCAGCUGGAAACACAACUUCAUUUAUCCUCCACUCUUGAUAGCUAUAGUUUGAAGACAAUAACAGAGAAGGAAAGGUUAAUACGAGAAAGAGUUGAUGCACUGAACAAGAUUAAACACGACAGAAUGAAGAGACUCAAACGACUCAUAGAAAUGGAGACAGUCCUUGCUCACGGGAUCGGAGAGAAACCUUCCUUUAGUCUCAAGUGGCAGUCGGAGAACCUGAUCCCAUCAGAAGAAGAACUUCAGAAUUAUCUUGAGAAAGUAGAACAACUUGAAUCAAUCAAGGAUCAGCGUCAGGUUGAGUUUCGUAAUGUCCGUGAUAAGGCUCGUGCUGUGUGGGCGGAGCUUGAGACGGAGCCAACCGAUGAGCUGGGGCUGAGGCUAUACAGUGGAGACAUCAGCCAUUUUGUGUUCUCUCAAGCUAAUAUGAAGUCUUUGGAGGAUUAUUAUCAGAAGUUGGAAUCCAGUGCAACGGAGCAAGAGAAGGAAGCCAACUACCUGAGGAACUGUAUCACAUCGCUAUGGAAGCGACUAGAGAUACCAACUGAGUUUCGCGAGGAGUUCCUCUCACAGCAUCAGGGCUACAAGGACUGGGUCAUCAAAGAGUUGAAGUCUGAAGUUGACAGGUUAGAUAUUCUCAAGCAGUUUCACUUAGAAGGAUUCAUCAAGGCCACUCGGGCUGAGUUGGCCAAAGUGUGGGACCAAUGUAUGUUUGGGGAGAAUCAGAAGAGAGAAUUUGGACCUGCUUUUAAUGAUGAUUUUACUGAAGAUAACUUGAGUGCACAUGAAAGUGAGCUUGACAAAAUGAGAGGGUUUUAUGCCGAUAAUAACGAGAUAUUCAAACUGGUUGAGAAAAGAGAAUCCCUUUGGGAUCAAAAGAUAGAAAUGGAUAAUCGUGCAAAUGAUCCAGCCAGGUUGAACAACAGAGGAGGGAAACUGCUGCAAGAGCAACGCUUGCACCAAAAAAUAAAUAAAGAUUUACCUAAAACGGAGAAAAAGUUGAAGGAGGUACUCACCCAGUGGGAAGAGGACCACACCCGCCAUUUUAUAAUAAAGGACCAGCGUUACCUUGACAACCUUGACUCAAGAUGGGAGGAGUAUCACCAAUCAAAGGAACAGGAGAAGAUCAAGAGACAACAAAUCAAAGCUGAGACCACAGUAAUGGAAAUGAAGUUUGGAAGCAAACCACAGACCCCAACACCAAAGAGGAAAGCUGUUGCUCCAGUGUCUAAUGACAGAGCACCUAAAGUUGCUAGAGUAACACCUGCUCCUUCUCCAUUAGUAAAAGCCACUACUAAUAAGAUAACCCCAGCUCGUAGGCUACCAAGGCAUCAGAAUAAAGUACUUAAGGACAAGAAUAAAAGCAAUCCAGCGACCCCUGAACCAGGUUUUGACUUUUCAUUGGCCUCUGCAGGGUCUUAUACUGAUUUUCAGCGUGCCAUCACAUUUGGCCCACCAAACAAUCGCUCCAGUGUUGUAUCUACAAAAUCAUCUAAAGCCAAUGUCUCAUGAAGAAGAAUUGGCUAAUAAAUAUACAUCAACAUAUCUUGCUUUAUUUCAUAACACAAACAUACACACACAUAAUACAAUAGUCAGUCAUUUUUAAAUGAUUAUCAUUAUGUCUCUGUCUCUCUUUAUUACAAGUAUGAUUGUUGUCCUUUAUUUUAGAAAAUAGUGAUUGUACUAAUUUAUCUUAAA